AUGAUUGUUCCGAUCGACGAGGUCAAUUUUAAUGAACCGAUCUCGUUUCUCCAACGCGCCGCGGAGGAUCUCACCUAUUCCUAUCUCUUAGAUCAAGCGUCUCAAGUGACCGAUCCGGCCGAACAGAUGGCCCUGGUCGCCGCGUUCUCUGUCAGUUGCUACGCCAGCACAGCGAUCCGGACCGGGAAACCGUUCAAUCCGCUUCUGGGUGAAACCUAUGAAAUGGAUCGUAGCAAUGACUCCUACUGUUGGCGUCUGAUAGCCGAACAGAUGCGGACGGCCAUGUCCUCGUUUCAGGUUAGCGGUAUCGAUAUUUCACUGGAUGGCAACUUGUCUGAUCUAGAGUAUGCAGACAAAAUUUUACUGUUUAGUGAAGACCCCGGGUAG